AUGGCACGAGUACUCGUCCUGGGUGGCCACGGCAAGGUCGCAUCCCGAAUCACAAAGUUGCUUGCCGCUCAAAACCAUCAUGUCGUGUCGGUAAUCCGCACUGCAGAACAUAUCACCGAUAUCCGAGCUCUAGCACCAUCGCACAACAUCCAACUAGUCGAACCAGUAGUGGCCUCUAUCGAAGAUGCAGACGAUGAUGUUGCUGCUAGGAUGAUGAAGGAUAUCGAUUGGGUAGUUUGGUCGGCCGGUGCUGGUGGAAAAGGAGGACCAGAACGUACGAAGGCUGUGGAUGAAAUUGGUGCUAAACGGUUUAUUAAAGCCGCCCUGGAGGCACCGUCGGUCAAGAAGCUCCUAAUGGUAUCUACUAGCAGUGCUCGUCGGCGACCUGCUUCCUACUGGGCCGAGGACGAUAUCGCAGCACUCAAUCGAUCGUGGCAGAACAUUGGAGUUUAUUGUCAAGCCAAACUCGACGCGGAUGAAUACCUCUUCGAAGAGAGUCGCAAGGCUGCGAAAAACGAAUGGGAGGAUAUCUGUCUCCGCCCCGGGACACUCUCAGAUGAGCCUGGAGUUGGAAAAGUCGACCUUGGGAAGGCCAAAAAGGUGGGAAAUGUCAGUAGGGAUGACGUUGCCUCUGUCGCCGUGGAACUGUUGAAGCGGGGAAAUGCUGGUGGUUUAUGGCUGGAUUUAAUCGGUGGAGAUGAACCUAUUGAAGCUGCAGUGGACAGAGUGUUGUCGCAAAGGAUCACUGCGAAGGAGUAG